AUGACGCACACGCGGCCGGCCAACCAACCAAUCGGGGAGCGGCUCCUGCCCCCUGUCGGCCCUGGCUGGAUCGUGGCUGCCCCCCCCUGCGACCACCACUGCCACAACCACCUGGGCGGCUUCUACUGCUCCUGCCGGGCGGGCUACGUGCUCCACCAGAACAGGCGCACCUGCUCAGCCCUGUGCUCAGGCCAGGUCUUCACCGAGCGGUCUGGGGUGAUCAGCAGCCCGGAAUACCCACAGCCGUACCCCAAACUCUCCAGCUGCACCUACAGCAUCCGCCUGGAGGAGGGGUUCAGUGUCAUCCUGGACUUCGUGGAGUCCUUCGACGUGGAGGCACACCCCGAAACCCAGUGCCCCUACGACUCCCUCAAGAUUCAGACAGACAAGAAGGAAUUCGGCCCAUUCUGUGGGAAGACGUUGCCCAGCAGGAUUGAAACCAAGAGCAACGCUGUGACCGUGACCUUUGUAACUGACCAGUCGGGGGACCACACCGGCUGGAAGGUCCACUACACCAGCACAGCUCAGCCGUGCCCUGGUCCGGUGGCGCCACCUCAUGGCCGCAUCGCACCGGUGCAAGCCACGUACAUCCUGAAAGACCGCUUCUCCGUGGUGUGCGCCGCUGGCUACGAGCUCCUGCGGGGUCAUUUGCCCCUGAGAUCAUUUACUGCCGUCUGCCAGAAGGAUGGAUCUUGGGACCAGCCGAUGCCAGAAUGCAGCAUUGUUGAGUGUGGCCCUCCUGAUGACCUGCCCAACGGCCGAGUGGAGUACCUCGCGGGCUCUGAGGUGACCACGUACAAAGCGGAGAUUCAGUACCGCUGCACUGAGACCUUCUACACAAUGGCAAGAGGUGAUGGUAAAUACGUGUGUGAGGCUGAUGGAUUCUGGACGAGCUCCAAAGGAGAAACAUCACUCCCGGUCUGUGAGCCUGUUUGUGGACUAUCGGCCCGUACAACAGGAGGUCGUAUCUACGGAGGGCAACAUGCAAAGCUUGGCGAUUUUCCUUGGCAAGUCCUGCUGUUAGUAGGCGACACCACAGCAGCAGGUGCACUUUUGAAUGACAACUGGAUCCUAACGGCUGCUCAUGCCGUAUACGAGCAAAAAGAAGACGCCUCCUCCCUGAACAUUCGAAUGGGUGCCCUGAAGAGACUGUCGCCUCAUCACACACAAGCCUGGGCAGAGGCCAUUUUCAUCCAUGAGGGCUACAGGCAUGCUGCUGGUUUCGAUAACGACAUAGCGCUGAUUAAACUGCAGAACAAAGUUGCCAUCAACAGCAGCAUCAUGCCUAUCUGCCUGCCAGGCGAAGCAGCUGAAUCCUUCAUGAGGACAAAUGACAUUGGAACUGUAUCCGGAUGGGGAUUAACCCAAAGGGGUUUUCUUGCCCGAAGUCUGAAGUUUGUUGACAUACCAAUUGUUGAUCAUCAAACAUGUGCUGCUGCCUAUGAAAAGAAGCUGCAUCCAGCGGCAAAGGUAACUGACAACAUGCUCUGUGCUGGCUUAGAGAGUGGGGGCAAGGAUAGCUGUGGAGGCGACAGUGGAGGGGCAUUAGUGUUUCUCGACAAUGAGACACACAGGUGGUUUGUGGGAGGAAUAGUGUCCUGGGGCUCCAAUAAUUGUGGGGAAGCACAAGUGUAUGGGGUUUACACAAAAGUCAUUAACUAUAUUCCCUGGAUCAAGAAAAUAAUGAAUAACUUUUAAUUUGUAUGUUUUCAAUCAGUAAAUGCCUUUUAAAAAUGCCUGUAAAAGAUCGCAGCAGCAAUGUGACCCGAGGAACAUUAGUACAGCCACUGUCGCCCGCCCACCCAAAAACCAAAACCGAACUGCAGGGAGAGGCUGGCCAGCGUUUCACCCUUUACGUUGUGGUUCACGGGGGUGUGAACACAGCGAUGUUCGUCUUUGCCGGAGCAAUAGGAACUCACUGGUCAGAUUGCACUGUGUUACUUAGAGUCCAGUAUCCUUUUGUACUGGUUUUUAUUGCAUUUCCGGAAAUGGCCUGUACGUGGUCUUUGAGUAUUUUUCGACUUAUUCUUAUGGAUCUCUAAGAGCUUUAUAUAUCACGGCAGUAUUAGUUCAGGGUAACCCUGAAUCAUAGAUUUUUGUAGAUGAAGUAGAAACAUCAAUACUUUAGCCUAGGUACUAAUUUCCAUGUUAAAAACCAGUAUCACAAAAACAGCGAUAUAAUUUUGCACUUAUCAAAUUGGUAGACAAAAUGAACAUGGAGUAGCACUAUUCACAUUGUCAAAGACAACACAAAUUUUCUAAAGGAAAAUUUUGCAAUGUAUUUCAAAAGCCUUAAAAGCAUGCAUAGUCUUUAACCUAGUAAUUUCAAUGCUAAGAACUUAAUUUAGCCAUGCUCCCAGCACUUGGAAAUAACCUAAAUAAUGUUCAAAUUCAGAAGACAAUGGAAUUAAAUGUGGCAUUUCCAUAAGAUGAAAUAUGACACCAGAAGUAAAUGGUGGCACUAUAGAUAAAUCUGUAUUUUUUUUUCCUUCUUAUGAUAAACAUGUAAAAGAGGGUCAGUUAGCCAAACAAUAGAUCACAGAUCACACAAUACCUGAGUAUACAACCUGAAUACACAAUUAAGAGCUACUGUCCUAGUAUUCAACAACAAAUUAUUCUAUUUAUCACAUACACCUCCCAAAUUAAGUAGUUAACUUCUUUUUCCUAAGGACAAAAUUUAAGGUCCGUCUUAAGCUUAAAAAUAUUUCAUUUUAGUUGGCUAGUCCUUCCUAAAAAGAUUUAAUAGCUAACAUCUAACAAAGCUUUUCAUUCUAGCCAGUUACCAUUGUAUUUAAAAAUUCAUUGUGAGUUUUGCCCUAAUUUCUCUUGUGCAUGUAAAGUGCAACUUCUUGAGACUCACUUUUUAAAGGUAACUUUACAGCAUCUUUGUCACAUAUAAAAAGGAAACUGUGUUUUUCCAGUAAGACUCCAGACACUAAACUGGUGGCAACAAAAAUUUUUAUUCAACUGGUUCAAAAAAUGUUUAGAAUGAAUGCAUUCAG